AUGGUCAUCGUUAUCGACAUCCCCCUUCCCGGCGGCGCCGGUAUCACCAUCCACAUCCAGGAGUGGAUUCUCAUCCUCGUCUUGGUUCUCGUCUUCCGAGCCUGGGGAUGGCCCCUGAUCGUCGAGCGCUGGCCCAUGGCAUUCGCCUGGCCUUGGGGCGAGGACGAUUUUGUCUUCUAA